AUGAUUACAGAAACGAUUCGUAGAGUCGAUGGCUACUCACAUGAUGCAUACACGUAUUAUCCAGUCAUUAUUGUCGGUGCCGGCGCUUCUGGUAUUGCUAUGGCGUGUCAGUUAAAACAGCAGCUUGGAUUCGAUCAAUUUCGCAUUUUUGAUCGCCAGGCUGGUAUUGGAGGCACUUGGUGGAUCAACAGAUACCCGGGCGUUGCAUGCGAUGUGCCUGCUGUCUUUUACUCCUUCUCCUUUGCCCAAAACCCGAACUGGACAUCCUUUUACCCGCCUGGCAACGAAAUCGUUCGAUAUUACCACGAAGUCUGCGAACAAUACAAGAUUACGGAUAAGUUUGAGCUCAACACGGACAUCCAAGGCUGCAGAUGGCUGGAAGAUGAGAAGCUAUGGGAGGUCACGAUACGCAGGAUGGUGGCAGGUAUGGGGGAUCUCUCAGCCAAGGAGCGGCAGAAAAUUGUCGAUGAUCAGGGCGAACACGCUGUGUAUUCUGAAACGGAGAUUGUGAAGAGUAAAGUCGUUGUCAGUUGCGUUGGUGGUCUUGUGGAGCCUAAAGGAUGGCCUGAUGAGAUCAAAGGCAUUGAGAACUUCAAGGGCAAGAUGUUCCAUUCUGCGAGAUGGGAUGAAAGCGUGGACUUCACCGAAAAGAGUGUCGUUGUUAUUGGAACAGGUUGCAGUUCUGCCCAGCUCGUACCACGGUUACCAAAUGCACCGUAUAAUGCAAAAUCAGUCACCCAGCUGAUGCGAUCUCCACCAUGGGUUGUGCCCCGCCCUUCUCCACCGGGAGGAGACGCCUGGUGGGAGAAAAAUAGUGCGAAGCUGAUGAAGUAUAUCCCAGGAUUAAAGGAAAUGUUGCGAUUCACCGUAUUCCUUGCCGCCGAGGGUGAGUUUUUGAAGCUGUUCCCCAACACAGCAUAUGCAGAGAAGCAUCGAAAAAUCUACGAGGAAAAGGUCCUGGAGAAUAUGAGGAAGUACGUGCCCGAAAAGUACUGGGAGAUCAUGACACCAGACUAUGGUGUAGGCUGCAAACGACGCAUCUUCGAUAAGCGAUGGCUAAGAAGCCUCAACGACCCCAAGAUUAACCUCACUACACAACCGUUGAGUCGAGUCAGCGAAACUGGAGUAGUACUAGGACGUGGAGCCACAUACCCCAACAACGUGAACCCUGAAGAGUAUCCAGAGAAAGAGAUAGCCGCAGACAUUAUCGUGUUAGCCAACGGCUUCGACACAACCAGAUGGCUUCAUCCCCUAAAGGUUGUCGGUAAAGGCGGCAAAGACCUCGUGGAGCUCAUGGAGGACCGAGGAGGAGCCCAAGCCUAUCAGGGUACAGCAAUGGACGGCUUCCCAAACUUCUUCAUGAUCUUUGGUCCCAACACCGCCACAGGACACUCUUCAGUCGUCAUGGCGAGCGAAAACAUGGUGAACUUUACCCUAAAAUUCAUUGCCCCCAUCCUGCACAACCAUGCUACAACCGUUGAGAUCAAGACAUCCGCGGAAAAUGCCUACACGGCUGAAAUGCAACGCGCACUCAAAAACACGGUUUGGCAGAGUGGUUGUUCUAGCUGGUAUUACACCAAAGAUGGCUGGAAUUCAACCGUCUAUCCCUACUCGCAGAUUGAUUUUUGGCGCCGCUGCACGUUUCCUACAUGGAGUCAUUGGGAUAUAGAGUAUACAAGUAAAGGGCUUAUGAAGAUGCGGAGGAGGAGAGUGAUGAGGGUUUUGGCAGUGUUGGUGGCGGUUGUCGGGGCUUGGAGGGUCAGGCAGAUGGGGUGGAGGGUGGGAGAUGUCAGGACUAUGGUUGAAGGAAUAGUUAGGAGGUUGGUGGAGGGGAGUUUGUCGAGGCUGGGGCAGUCUUGGGAUGUAACGAGGAAUACCGGUGUUUUCUUGAUGACGGGGAAAGGUGUGUAUGCUCGGUGA